UAGAUUCAAAGCACCCACGUUUUUUUCCCAAACAGUCAACAAAAAAAUCACCACUAAAAUAAUAACUUCUAUAAAAUAAAAAAAAAAUAACAAUAACUUCUCCCACGUCCCAUAAAAAAAUCCUAAUUUUUCGAGAUUAUUUCAAACCGUUUUUAACCCGUUAAUAUUCUUCUUUUUCUUGUUAUAAAUACAAGCUAGUUUCUUCUAUUUUAUACACAUACAUAUAUUUGUUGUACUUAAUAAAUUACUCAAGUGAAAGAGAGAUUAAGAUACUUAAUUAAGAUGAAGAUUAAUAUGAAAUUUGCUUUAUUAAGUAUUUUGAUGAUUAGUGUGAUGCAAUUAGGAGGAGUGAAAGGUUUUAAGAAUGUGAAAGUUGGUGGUGCUAUAACUUGGAGAGUUCCUGAUGGUAAUGACACUUCUUUCUAUGAUCAAUGGGCUUCUUCUAAGAGAUUUCAUGUUGGAGAUUCUCUAUAUUUCCAAUACAAGAAUGACUCAGUUUUAGUAGUGGACAAGUAUGGGUACUACCAUUGUGACCCAAGCAAAGCCACUGGUUACUUCACUGACGGCAACACAACUAUUAAGCUGGAACAUUCAGGCCUAACCUACUUCAUAAGUGGUAAUGCUGAGCAUUGCAAGAGUGGUCAGCGGUUGAUGGUGGAUGUUAUGUCUCAACACUCGCCGUCGGUGGCGGCUCCACCAGCGUCUCAUGAUCACCACGCUCAGUCGCCGACACCGGCUCAGGCACAUAACUCAGGCUCACAGAUUGGUCCUAUGGCUCAAGUAUCAGCAACACUAGUAGGGCUAGUUGCUACUUCUUUGGUCUUGGUUUGAUUAUGUUCUUUUAUUAGUUUUGGCUAUUUGAACUAUGCUAGUUUGCUAUUGUUUAGCUAAUUU